GUGAAUGUAUUAAAAUGACGGAGAAGAAAACUGACUGUUGAGUUUGGGUUUACGGGGCUUCGGCUAGAAAAGCGAAGAACAGUGAAAGUUGAGGGGGUUGUUAAACGUUAGGACCGUAAAUUAACGCCGAAAGUCUCCUCUCCUGCCCCGCGGAGUCGUCUUCGUGCGAAAGCGGCGCGUUUGCGAGCAUUUCUGCCUGUUUUCUGGAUGGUUCUGUUAGCUAGCUGGCAGGCUAGCUGCGCCUGCAGGACUGUGGUUAGUUUAGCAUAGCCUGCUUUAGCUUAGCUGUAGCUUAGCCUAGCUUAGCUUAGCCUGGCCGGUUACCCUUCCGGCUAUCAGACUGCGGCCGAGGCCACCCUGCUGAAUAAUUGAAGAGGGGGGAUCUUGUGCCAGGACACCUUGCUUGAACUUGCAGCAGGUUGUUGUACCUGGCGAUGGGAAUCUUGGAUUUUUACUAGCUACCCUUGAGUUUGUUGUAAUAACAUAAAUUUGUUAUUUGCAUCACAACAGCGUUGAUUUUAUAAGUUUUUCCGAUGCUGAUAAACCCGGGAUAAGGGACCGCCAUGCUGCUCUGAACUUGUUUGGGGCUGCUCGGGCUACGUCAUGCUGCUGUUGGUGGCCUGGCCUUCACCUGGGUGGAUGUAGAGCGUCUUUCUGCCAUGCCACUCUUCAGUCCUCCGUGAUUGUGUGUUCGUUGUUUUCAUGGCACUGAUCCCUCACUGUGGCUCAGUCGUGGCUUUCUUCCUGUUGCUGUUUUAUUUAGUUCCUUCUCCCCUGAAGCAUCAACAAUGAAUGUAUGCGACGCUGCAAGUUCGGCCGGAUACUUUUGAAUUGGAUUUAUCUGACCAGCCGCGCUGCCAGGACUGGACCGUCAUCUUCUCAUUACUGCUAUUAUCAUUUCCGUUAUUUUCUCCAAACUGUCAGCUUGUAGAGGAUCAUGGCUUCGGUGUGGAAGAGGCUGCAGCGUGUGGGAAAACAUGCGUCCAAAUUCCAGUUUGUGGCCUCCUAUCAAGAACUCAUGGUGGAAUGUACAAAGAAAUGGCAACCAGACAAACUUGUGGUUGUGUGGACACGCAGGAGUCGACGGAAAUCCUCCAAGUCUCACAGCUGGCAGCCAGGAAUUAAAAACCCCUACAGAGGAGUGGUGGUGUGGCCUGUUCCUGAGAACGUGGAGAUCACUGUCACUCUGUUUAAGGACCCACAUGCAGAGGAGUUUGAGGAUAAAGACUGGACAUUCGUGAUUGAGAAUGAGUCUCCCUCAGGUCGUAGGAAGGCUCUGGCCACCACCACUAUAAACAUGAAGCAGUACGCCAGCCCGAUGCCCACGCAGACGGACGUCAAGCUGAAGUUCAAGCCUCUGUCCAAAAAAGUGGUGGCUGCAGCGCUGCAGUUUUCUCUCAGCUGUAUUUUCCUCCGAGAGGGAAAAGCUACGGAUGAAGACAUGCAGAGUCUGGCCAGUUUGAUGAGCAUGAAGCAGGCAGACAUCGGUAACCUGGAUGACUUUGAGGAGGACAAUGAGGAAGACGAGGAGAACCGGGUCAACCAGGAGGAGAAAGCAGCCAAGAUUACAGAGAUAGUGAGGCAGUUAAAUGCGCUCAGCAGUAUAGAUGGAGAUGACGACGACCCAAAGCUCAAACCAGCCUGUUCUCCUGCAGAGCUGAUCAGUAAGCUGAACUUCCUGGAUGAGGAUGAGCAGAUUCAAACUCACUCCAUCUCCAACCCCUUCGAGGAGGCGGAUGACCCGGUGGCUCUGAACCCGUUCGGUGACCCUAAUGAGGAAGAAGUUCAGCCCUGUUUGCAGUCCACUCUGAAAGAUGAAGAAUCUGCAAAUCCAUUUAAUCCAUUUGACGAGCCUGAAGUAUACCCGCACCAGGACCAGGACCAGGACCAGGACGGGUACGAGGACCAGGACCAGGAUCCUCAGUAUAAAAACCCGUUUGAUGAGCUGGACCCAGAGCCAGAACCCCAGAUUGAGAGGACGCCCCCUAGAGGCAGUGCGAGGAAGGCCGUGCGGCCGGUGGACAUGAGCAAAUACCUUUAUGCAGAUAAAAGCAAGAGCGAGGAGGACGAACUGGAUGAGUCGAACCCGUUCUACGAGCCCAAGUCCGACAGUCUGGUUCAGUCGGUUGCAGAGAGCAGCGCUGAGAAGACCACCAAGAGACGAGCCCCUCUACCUCCAGCCCUGACCUCAGUGACCCCCGCCAGCACCUCCAUCACCCCCAAACCAGCUCCCUCAGAGAGACCACCCACCACCCCGCCCAUUUUCCCCAACCUCGCCGCCAGAGAGCUCGCCUCUUCAUCACCCAAGCCUAGUCCGGUACCCAGUCCAGUUCUGGGGGGACGACCGAACGCCUCGCAGUCUCUGCUGGUGUGGUGCAGAGAAGUGACCAAAAACUACAGAGGCGUGAAAAUCACCAACUUCACCACGUCCUGGAGGAACGGCCUGGCCUUCUGCGCCCUGCUGCACCACUUCAGACCAGACCUUAUUGACUACAAGGCUCUGAAUCCUCAAGACAUUAAAGAAAACAACAAAAAGGCAUACGAUGGCUUUGCAAGUCUGGGAAUCUCCCGCCUGCUGGAGCCGGCAGACAUGGUGCUGCUGGCCAUUCCAGACAAGCUGACAGUGAUGACCUAUCUGUACCAGAUCCGUGCACACUUCAGCGGCGAGGAGCUCAACGUGGUCCAAAUCGAGGCCAACAGCGGCCGCAGCACCUACAAAGUGGGAGACUUCGAGACGGACACCAACAGCUCCAUCGGGCAGGACAAGUUCUACGCCGAGCUCAACAACGACCAGCCUCGAAACGAAGGUCCAAAACAGCCCGGCGGCGUCGACACUAACGGAGAAGGUUUGGAGCCUCAAGCAGCAUCGUUGAAGGGUGUGUCUGCGGAGGCAGGGCUCUCAGAAGGAAGCCUGAUAUCAACAAAUUCUAGCUCCGCCUCUGUGAUCACCACGACAGUGACUGACUCGUACCCCAGGCCUGCUCCCCGAACCAAAGUAAGCCCAGAUUCCUCUUUCACCCAACCCACCUCCUCUGAGAAUAAGAAAUCAGACCAGAUGGACGUGGCAGACUCAACCAGCAGCAGGACAGAAAGAGGGAAAGAGAAGGAUGUGGUGUCUACGGCUAAAGUUCCAGACACCCAAUCAGAGCGUCCACGGUCCCUGCGGCCAACAGAGGUGGAUAAAGGAGCUCCAGAGCCCAGGGUCUCACCUCCACACUCGCAGAAGCUCGGCUUCAGCUACAGCAGAGAUGCUGACCUAAGCAAGAAGAAAAGAAGCAGCGUCCGAAACGCUGAGGCAGAAAACAAAACCGACAGCAGCCCGCCGCUGACCAACCAUGCAGAUACUUCUGUUAAACAUUCUCCGGACGCUGCAUCUGCCCCAGUGUCCAACACCAGCAAGGAGAAGAAGGUUCAGUCUCGUCAGGAGGAGCUGAAGGAAAGAGCGCGGCUGCUGCUGGAACAGGCCCGCCGAGACGCCGCACUGAAAGCCAAGAACAAAACUGUCCCCAACGCCACCUCACCCACACACCCUCGCCCACCGCACAUCACUGACGAGCGUGAUGAGGAGCGGAGGAGGCAGCUGAGGGAGCGAGCGAGGCAGCUGAUAGCAGAGGCUCGCUCUGGAGUGAAGAUGGCGGAGUUUCCUCUGUCCGCCGACUCGGCCUCCACCACAGCCGAGUUCAAAGGAAGGUCAAAGGCAGCUGGAGACGAGGUGGAUGUGAUGGAUGGGGUCUGUGUUGAUGGUGAAGAUGAGGAUGAGGAGGAGGAGGAGGAUGAGAGCAGGGUGGAUGAUGAAGAGCAGGAUACAGAACCUCCUGAUGAAGAUGAGGUCACUGAUGGUCAGAAAGAGGAGGAGCCUGUGGCCUCCUGUCUGAUGGAGGAUGACUUUACUAACUCUGCUACUGACCUGGCGUCUCUGGGAGUGAUGAACAGCAGGCACGUGGACCUGAAGCUGAGGAAGCUGUCGGACGUUCGUCCACAGGGUGGAAGUUCUCCUUCGUCCUCCUCCUCUUCCUCCUCCCUCACAGCCUCCACCACCUCCCCACUCAGCCCAGGGGAGGGGCCUGACCUCAGCCUGCAGAACAAUGCUGAUGAGCUGAGGGCGGAGCGUCUGAGGAGAGCGACGGAGCGUCUGAGGAACCCUGUGGUGUUCAGUAAGGAGUCUGCAGUGAGGAAGACUCAGCUCCAGUCCUUCAGUCAGUAUGUAGAGCCCAAGCCAGAGGUGCGCAGGCAGAGGUCGGUGCCUGAAGAGCUGAAGCGAGUGAGUGAAGACAGAGGAGGAUUUCUGGAUAUUGAGGGACGAAGGCUGACUGAAGAUGAGCAGAACGUGUUCAGGGACACCAGUCAGUAUGUGGUUGGUGAGCUGGCGGCUCUGGAGAGUGAGCAGAGGCAGAUUGACUCGCGGGCGGCUCGUGUGGAGAAGCGUCUGCGCUAUCUCAUGGACACAGGGAAGAAUAAGGAUGAGGAGGAGGCCAUGAUGCAGGAGUGGUUCACGCUGGUCAAUAAGAAAAACGCUCUGAUCCGCCGCCAGAACCAGCUCUCCCUGCUGGAGAGGGAGCAUGAUCUGGAGAGACGCUUCGAGCUGUUGAACCGGGAGUUAAGAGCAAUGCUGGCGAUUGAAGACUGGCAGAAGACAGAGGCCCAGAAGAGGCGGGAGCAGCUCCUUCUGGAUGAGCUGGUCAUACUGGUCAACAAACGUGACGCACUGGUUCGAGACCUCGAUGCACAGGAGAAAGAGGCUGAGGAGGAGGACGAGCACCUGGAGAGGACUCUGGAACAGAACAAAGGAAAGAUGGCUAAGAAAGAAGAGAAAUGUGUUCUUCAGUGAUCGUCAUUUCACAAUGGGACAGAAACACAUUCUAAAACUACUCAAGUUAUAAAAAAAAUGAGAGAGAGAGAAGACGAGUGUUCACUACAAGUUCAAGAAAUGUAUUACUAUAAAACUGAGCAUUGCAUAAACACUUAUUACGAUUAUUUUACCUUUGGUCAACACUUUCAGUCCCAGGCUGGUGAGCAUUUAUUCACCAGUGCCUCGGGUUUUUCUUUGUACCGAGAGAUUGCAUUUCAGCCACACUAAUAGGCCAUUAUUGUCCAUUAUUGUUUUCAGCUGUGCUUGUAACAAAGUAGGUACUUUCACAUGCAUUAAAAAGCAUAUCGUUCAAACCAAGAGCUAAAUAAUUUCAUACUGAACAAAAAAGUAAAAGUACCACUGACCAACAGCCGGACCCACUGACUUUUAAUUGAUGACAUUUCAAGCGCAUGUCGCCUUUAACCUUGGGAAGUGUUCAUUUCCCGCCGGAGAUUAGGACUUGAACGUUUUAGGUACAACACAUUGUUUUAUAGGUGACGUUCCCUUUUUCUCUUCUUAUCGCAUUUUAAAACUAAAAAGAGCUCAAAUGUCUCAACACAUCUUCUUUGUUUUACUGCAAGCAAUGUUUAUUACCUAAUGUAUAUCAUAUCUUUUAAUUCAACUACUUUUUAAAUGUAUAGGAUUUCUGAAGAGGGGAAUGUUGCAUUUUUAAAAACUUUUUUUUUUUUUUUUAACUCGUGUGUUGGAGAAUUAUUAAAUGUUUAACCAAACAUUUGAUUCUUGGUUUGAGGGGAAUGUGUGGUACUUCUCUAUGAAAGUACUCUUGAAUGGUCUUAAUGGUCAGGUUGUAUAUUUCAUUUCACUGUCUAUAAAAAAAAAGGCUUGCGAAAUCUUCUUUCCAGGUUUGAGAUCCGAAUUAAUUUAUUAUCAUUUGUCCUUUGAGACAUGUGCAAGAGACCAUCUUCCAAACCAUGUGCGUACAUUAACUCAAGGACCUUGUUAAUAUUUAUUGUAUACUUUUAAAGAAAAAGGAGAGAGGAAAAAAACAAACAUGCUUUCAUAUGCAUUCUGGUUCACAUUUCGUGCUGCUGCUGCUGCUGUCUUAUUGUGUGAACAUUGUUUAUUUAUUCCUUAAAUGACCAGUCAUCAAUAAAAACUGAGACGCUUUCAUACUCUAACACAACAAA